AUGGAUCUCUCUGUAUUUGCAAACCAGAGCCCAGCUCAUAAUGAUUUUAGAAGUGAUACCUUUACCACGCCUACGGUGUCCAUGAUCCAGUCAUUGGCUACAACGACAUUGGGUGAUGCGGUUUACAACGAGGAUGCCAUGACCAAAAAAUUGGAAGAAAAAGUUGCUGCCAUGACCGGCAAAGAAGCGGGACUAUUUUGUGUCAGCGGCACACUUUCGAAUCAAAUUGCCAUGAGGGUUAAUUUGUCGCAGCCACCGUAUAGUAUACUAUGCGACUAUCGUGGUCACGUUUACGAGCAUGAGGCUGGUGGAAUGUCAACCUUGACACAGGCCAGAGUUCAGCCCAUACACCCAAAAAACGGCAAUCAUUUGACAUUGGAGGAUGAUAUCUUGCCCAAUUUUGUGCCCGAUGACGGCGAGAUUCAUGGCGCGCCAACAAAAUUAAUCUGUCUUGAAAAUACAUUACACGGUAUGAUAUUUCCUUUAGAAGAAAUUAAAAAAAUAUCACAAUUUUGCAAAGAGAAUGAUGUCAAAUUACAUUUGGACGGUGCCAGGCUAUGGAACGCUAGUGCCGCAACCGGGAUAAGUUUAAAGGAGUAUAGUCAAUACUUUGACAGCGUAUCGCUUUGUCUUUCCAAAACUUUGGGAGCACCUAUAGGAACUGUUUUGGUUGGUGACAAAAAAUUUAUACUCAAAGCAAACCACUUUAAAAAACAGAAUGGAGGAGGUAUUAGGCAAAGCGGUCUAUUGGCAAGUAUGGCCAUUGUCGCUAUUGAAGAGAACUUUGAUAAGCUUGCGAAAACUCACGAAAUGGCCAAGGAAUUGGGCCAAAUGUGCAAAGAAAAAGGAAUUAUAUUGGAGCACCCAGUAGAGACAAAUUUUGUGUUUGUUGAUAUUGCUGCUAAUAAAAUCGAUCCUAACAAAUUGAUUGAGAUUAGUGACAAGUACAAUGUCAAGAUCUAUUCGGGACGAGUAAGUUUCCACUAUCAAAUCUCCCAAAAGUCGUUUGAAAAUGCAAAAAAAGUGAUCCUGGAGGUGUUUGAAUAUGCGCAAAGCAAUCCAUAUGAGGUUACCACAAGCUACAAGUUUUAUACAGCUGAGAAUAACUAA